AUGACGAUCCGCAACCCCCUUCCACUCUCCGAUGAGUGGAAGGAUCCCGACGAAUAUGUCCAAGCCCUCCUCUCCUUCGCAACUGAAUCGCUCAUGUUCAUGAAUGUUUGCGGUGGUGUGCAUAUCCUCGAUUUCUUGACGCGCGAUCCCGAUCUGUAUACGUCGCUACUGCCAGAAGAUUGGCGAUCAUUCUUCGAGCACCAUGAUAUCCACAGCAUCUUGCAACUGCUACUCCGAGAGGACAUUGGUCCGCUAUGCGAACCCGCCGAGAUAAACGGAGCCUCCGAGAAUGGCAGGACGUGGAACGGAGGCGCAUUCCCACCCGCAACACUCCUUGAAUAUAUUCGCAACAUUCGACGACUGAGCUUGCGCCGCGAGUUCAACCCAUCUGAGAAAAGCGAACCUCUCCCGAGCCAUAUUGCUGUCGGCAUGAACAAGAAAAAGAAGCACGAGGUGGAGCAAUUCUCUCGCUAUGUCGCGUCUUUGUCGGAGACGGUCAAUGAGCGUCGUGGAGAGCCCUUGUCUCACAUUGUUGAUUUUGGGUCGGGACAAAACUACCUGGGGCGCAUGCUAGCAAGCUCGCCCUAUCAUAAGCAUAUCAUUGCCAUUGAGCGAAAGCACCAAUACAUCAGCGGUGCUAAUCGUAUGGAUGUUCAUGCUCGACUGGCUGCAGAGGAAAAGAAAAACACAAUGCAUAAUGCAAAGCGAAACAAAUUAAAAAAGCAGUGCAUCGACUGUAUUGACACUCCAGAACUAGCUUCAGAAGUAGCCACUUCGGAAACCCCCAAGGUUCUGGACCCGGAGAUGGGAACACCACUGGAACUGAUCGAUGGAAUGCCAACAGAACCUGCUGGGCAGGAUGAAGAUAUGACCUCUAACAUGCUAGGUGAUAUGACCCUGGAAGCCGAUGAUGUGCUCGGCUCGAACUACAUAAAACCAGCCGCACGCGCACCAAAGCCACGACCGGAGAUCGACACUAGAGGAACUGUCAGCUACAUCGAACAUAAUAUCCAAGAUGGCUACCUAGAACCGAUCAUCGAGCACGUCGUCGACCCAAAGACAUCAGUUGAAACCCGGACUAGCACAGAAGAAGUCGUCAUUCAACCCACAGAAAAGAGACCGAGUGACGCGCGGGUGAUGGUCGUUUCUCUACAUUCAUGCGGAAACCUCGUUCACCACGGAGUCCGAUCACUAGUGCUCAAUCCUUCCGUUGUAGCAAUCGCCAUGAUCGGCUGCUGCUAUAACCUCCUGACGGAACGAUUGGGACCAGCAACAUACAAAAUCCCCAUUCUUCGAUCCGCCCACCCCCGCCUCAAACGAACUGGAUCUUCAUGGGACCCGCACGGAUUCCCAAUGUCCAAGCUCUAUGAGACCUAUCAAGCAAAGACCACAACAGGCUUCAAGCUCAAUAUUACAGCCCGCGCAAUGGCCGUUCAGGCACCCUACAACUGGGGCCACGCCGACAGCGAAGGAUUCUUCACGCGCCAUUUCUACCGCGCUCUGCUGCAGCGCGUUCUUCUAGAUCGCGACAUCAUCCCUAAGCCCGACGUGCCCAAUGAUCUCUACAAAGACCACACAGACGAUCCCGAUUCUGGCGGUAUAGCGCUAAUCGUGGGCUCCCUGCGCAAAACUGCAUUCGAGUCUUUCCCUGCGUACGUACGUGCUGCAACGGUCAAAUUGAGCCGUGAUCCGACCCGCGGCGAGUUGGUCAAGGAGCGCAUCUGUACCAUGUCUGAAGAAGAGCUACAACGCUAUGAAGCUGAUUACUUGCACGCGCGGAAGAAUCUGAGUAUUGUGUGGAGUCUUAUGGCGUUCAGUUCUCAGGUUGUUGAGGCUGCCAUUGUGGUUGAUCGCUGGCAGUUCUUGCGCGAACAUGACUCUGUCAAGGAAUGUUGGGUUGAGCCUGUGUUUGAGUACGGUCAGAGUCCACGCAAUCUGGCUGUUAUUGGCAUCAAGAAAUGA